CCAGCCAUUUGCUUUCUCGAUGUGAAUAAGUGAAAGGCAGCCAUUAUACUUUGCUAUAUUUUCGCACUGAAUAGCUUGUAGAGCAAAAUUAUAACCUGAGGAUUGAACAUAAUAAGUAAUGGAUGCCCCACAAGACCAGACCUUUGAAUCAUUCAAUUUGGACAUCUGUGUGAAAUCAGAAGGUGAGCUAGAAGUAGCAGUGGAAAUGGAUAAAAAUGUCCAGUGCUCUACUUGCAACAAAGUGUUUUCAAACCUCUCCCGUCUUAUGCGCCACCGUGUAAUUCAUGUUAGUGACAAGAAGCAUAAAUGUGCAAAGUGUGGAAAACGAUUUGCAGACAAGUCCCAGCUGAAGAAACACCAAAGAAUCCACUCUGGUGAACGCCCCUUUAAAUGCAGUAGCUGUGAAAAAGCCUACAAGUCAGCACUGGAGCUCAGGAACCAUACUCGAAGCCACACAGGAGAGAAACCUUUCAUCUGUAAGGAAUGUGGCAAGGCUUUCAUGCAGUCUAUCUGCCUGAGAGUGCACAUGACCUCCCACACAGGAGAUCGACCAUACAGCUGUAUGCAGUGUGGUAAGUGUUAUACUACACUGUCCAAGCUGAAGAUCCAUCAAAGGGUGCAUACUGGUGAGAAGCCUUAUAUAUGUGGGGAGUGUGGCAAAGGUUUUGCUGAUCCUUCUGUUUUUAGGAAACACAGACGCAACCAUGCUGGUCAUCGGCCUUAUGAAUGCACUAUCUGUCAGAAGACGUAUACUGAGUUGAAGGAUCUGAAAAAUCAUGAGCGAACACACACUGGGGAGAAGCCUUUCCUCUGUUCAGAUUGUGGGAAGGCCUUUUCUAGAUCGUCAUCUCUUAUAUGCCAUCAGAGGAUACAUGCCCCUGAUAAACCCUACAAGUGCAACUUAUGUGGUAAGGACUUCACACAGUUGUCAUCAUACCAGAGUCACCAACGAACCCACUCUGGUGAGAAGCCCUUCUUGUGUCCCCAAUGUGGUAAAAUGUUCUCUGAUCCAUCCAGCUUCCGACGACAUCAGCGAGCCCAUUCUGGUGUAAAACCCUACAAAUGUGACAAGUGUGAAAAAUCAUUUAGGCAGCCAGCAGACCUUGCAAUGCACCAGCGUAUUCACACAGGUGAGCGCCCAUACAAGUGCAUACAGUGUGACAAGGCCUUUGUUGCAUCCUGGGAUUUGAAACGACAUAUACUUGUUCACACAGGUGUGAGGCCUUUCCAGUGCUCUGAAUGUGGUAAGGCCUUCACAGAACGAUCUAGUCUUACUAAGCAUCACCGUGUGCAUUCUGGGGAACGUCCUUUUAAAUGUGAAGAAUGUGGGAAGGCCUUUGUGGUGUCAUCCAGCCUACGAAAACAUGAGCGGACACACAGCACAGAUCGCACCUACUCCUGUCUACAGUGCAACAUUGUUUUUGAGGACUUGGCCUCCCUUCGUAAGCAUCAACGUAACCAUGGCCGGGAAACUGUCCAGAGCUGCCUGGAAUGUGGUGAGGCCUUCAUGUCCUUAGCAGAUUUAAAAAAGCAUGAAAAGACUCACCCUGAACUCAAGCCUUUCACCUGUGCAGAAUGUGGCAAAGCAUUCUCAGAUCGCUCAGGGCUGCGGAAACAUGAACGCAUUCACUCAGGGCUUAGACCACACACAUGUUCACAGUGCACUAAGAGUUUUCUAAGCCCAUCAGAUCUGCGAAAACAUGAGAAGACACAUAAUCGAGACAGGACAUUCACUCUGUAUGAGCCUCUUGGCACUUUCUUACAGCAAGCUAAUUUGAAUAAGCAGUCUAUGACAGACAUUCAGCAAGCAUAAAUGUACUUCUGUUUUGCACUAAUGAUGCUUAGGGGUUUCUGCAUCUGUCAGCAGCAAAGCUUAGCAGUCCAGUUUGCAUGAAGGCAUUAGCAGUGUCCUUCUCAUAUAUUCUAAAGCUCAGCAUGUCCUGUCUUCUGCAUUUGUUCCACUCUUUUCAAAACUACUGGAAAGUGGAGUUUCUUAUGUUAAGCAUCUUGAUUUUCCAAGACUCUCGUCUGCAUUACAUAUGCAUUUGUAAAAGAUAACAGAGGCAAAGUGUUUAAUGCCCUCCAAAAAUCAUUGAAAUACUCUCUAAAUUAUUAUUACUGUGACACUUUAAAGUAAACAAAAUAAGUAAAGAAAUUAAACUAGUUAUGGCAACUUGGGGAUUUAGUUUUCUGUGGCUAUCUUCACAAAUGGAAUAUUUAAUAAUUUUAUGUUAAGAUAUAUAGCAUCAGAUCUUUGUCUUUGAGGAAAAUAAAAGCAGUAACUAUUACAUUUGUUGUGCUAGGUGAGUUACAAGUAUUACUGACAGUCAUGCUUUUUAUAUUUGGAGUACUGUUUGUCACUGCGAAAUGGAAACUUAAAGCCUGCUUCCUGGGUGUUGGGUUCAUGUUGAGGUGAUAUUCAGGUAAACAUGGUACAUGUAAUUGUUAUACUAAGUUGAGCAGUGCUUGUGUAAUUUAAGCGGCAAGAUAAUGGACAAGUAGACUAGGGUUCAAAUCUCAGUAAAGCUAUAAAUUUAUUUUUAUUUCGUCAAGCACUGUUUCAGGAAGAAUGUAUAUCCUUAUUUUGUUUUCUCUCCUUAGUUAUUUCUUAUAAGAAUAUGUGCCUGUGAGCAAUGAAAUGUGGUAAAAAAAUUGUGGUGUGUGUGUAUACAUGUAUAUACACAUAUGUACUAAAUGAGUGUAUAUGGAA